AUGGCCUGCUCCCGCGCCCGCUGCCCCGGCCGUGAGAGUCCGAACCGCGGAGUAGAUACAGCGCCGCCAAGGGGAGCAGCCCUUGGUGGCACAACAAGCUGUGGUUCUAAAGAGCCUGUCUCCUGCUCCAGAGGAGGUUUCUCUGACCUGCCUCUCGCCCUGGGGCUGGCCAUCCCAGGCCUGAGCCACCAAAUCGCCGAAGCAGAGGCGGCGAUGGCCCACAACCAGGCCGAGCGUGCCCGUCUGGCCGCUCAAUAUGCGGCCUUGUUAGAUCAAGAGGCCGGAAUGGAUAUCGAUUUCACUCUGUACAUAAAUAGCUAA